GACAGUGAGGAAGGAACCCCCCCCCACCCCCGGUCCAGCUGCACAGAGGAACCAUCAUACUCUUUUUUUUUUUGAUUCUCCAGAAGACAGGACGGGUGUUGCGGGUGUAUGUGCGCGGAUCACGAUGAUGCAAAGUGCGGCGGUCCUACCGACAGAGAGUCCCGUGAAGAGUUUACCGGAGAUCCUCGGAGUGCCACUGCAACAGAUCCCUCAGUGCGCCGGCUGUAGUCAACACAUCCUGGACAAAUUCAUCCUGAAGGUGCUGGACCGACACUGGCACUCCAAGUGCCUGAAGUGCGCCGACUGCCAGGCCCCUCUGCAGGACAAAUGCUUCUCCCGGGCCGGAAGCGUGUACUGCAAGGAGGACUUCUUCAAGAGGUUUGGAACAAAGUGUGCAUCAUGCCAGCAGGGGAUCCCCCCCACGCAGGUGGUGAGGAAGGCGCAGGACUUUGUGUAUCACCUGCACUGCUUCGCCUGCAUCAUGUGCAGUCGGCAGCUGGCCACCGGGGACGAGUUCUACCUGAUGGAGGACGGGAGGCUGGUGUGCAAGGUGGACUAUGAGACCGCCAAACAGAACGAUGAUUCAGAGGCGGGGACCAAGAGGCCGAGGACCACCAUCACCGCCAAGCAGCUGGAGACCCUGAAAAGUGCCUACAAGAACUCCCCGAAACCGGCCCGCCACGUCCGGGAGCAGCUGUCCUCGGAGACGGGGCUGGACAUGAGGGUCGUGCAGGUGUGGUUCCAGAACCGGCGAGCGAAGGAGAAGCGUCUGAAGAAGGACGCCGGGCGACACCGCUGGACUCAGUUUUAUAAGAGUGUGAAACGCAGCCGAGGAGGAACCAAGGUGGAGAAGGAGAGCUCGGCCGACGACGCCGGGCUGAGCGACAGCGAGCUGAGCUUCAGAGACGACCAGGUGCUCUCGGACCUCGGCCACACCAACGGGCUGUACGGCAGCGUGGGGGACGUGAACAGCGUGGCGCUGAACGGCGGUUUCUCGGUGGACGCGGCGGGACAACCGUACCACGACAUCCGGGCGUCAAGUCCCUACGGCCUCCCGCAGUCGCCCUCCUCCAUCACCUCCCUGCCCGGCCACACCCCCCUCCUCAACAGCCUGGGCUUCAGCAUGGACAGUCUGGUGGGUCAGGGAGGGCCCGGCGGCGUGGGUCAGGCUCUCAGGGCCAUGGCCGGGGGCCCCACCUCAGACCUCUCCACGGGCAGCAGUACGGGAUACCCCGACUUCCCCACCAGCCCCGCCUCGUGGCUGGACGAGAUGGACCAUUCCCAGUUUUGA